AUGGCAAGUCACCUUUCUUUCGUCGACCUCUUCCUGGAUAGAGGCAUUCGGGAUACUAUAUUGGCGCAUACUGCAAAGGAGGAUAUCUUGUCAUUGCGACUGGUUUGCAAUGAAUUGAGCAUCCAAACGGCAUCUUGCCUAUUUUCCAACAUUGAAAUUGAAUUCCGGAGCAGCACAUUUACUCGGCCUGCACGGAUGGCGGCGCUGGAGCGCAUCGGCGGGUUCAUCGAAACACUUACUUUUCGGAUUGCACAUUCGCCUCAAACCUUUCUACCACCAUUGCUUGAUCCCUUUACUGGAGAGGAGCAAACUUUUGUAUAUAUGCCCCAGGUCCAUACGUCUCAAUGCGCAGGUUCGAGGCUUAGCAUUCCCAAGUAUGGAUCGUGGGAAAUGACAGACUUGUUGACGAAGCAAUAUCCCCCACUGUUCCAUGCUGCCACCAACAUACCAUCUUUUAUUCGAGCAUUUACGGCCAUGCCUUCAAUCUCCCACCUGAUAAUCUCUUGCGAUCGCCAGGUCCCUGGUCAUCGAUACCGGCGCAGCGUUGUUGACUACGCUCUUAUUUCUCUUCGUAUAGCGGUUGAGCAGGCGCCGCUAGAGUGCCUUGAGACGCUGUCACUACUUCCUAUACAUCCCGCCGCUCUCCUUUAUCUUCGACACACACUUGGGUUUGGUGCAUCCCCAUCAGCACGGAAACGAUGGAUGCAGGUGCAAAAGCUACAUAUCCAUAUGGACAGUUUCCCCUUCGAAUGUGGCGAAAGCACGGACCACCUGAAACUUCUACAUUCAUACCUCGGGGGGUUUUCUUCCUUAAGAGAGUUCACUUUUCGCUGGAAAGGGAGCAAAGGCCCUUGCCCGCUCACUCUAUCAACGGAGCCCUGCCUCGACGCCUCCUCAAAUUCCCUACCUCUGCCUUCCGGACGCGGGAGCUCUGCAAGAUCAAAAUUACGGCCACUUAAGUUCCCAUCACUGCGGCAUAUGGAAGUGGAAAACGUGGUUCUGGACGCAUCUCAGGUUUCAUCCUUCAUCGUUGACCACAGACACACCGUCCGCGAGUUUAAUUUCGAAGAAACCGUCCUUCGCAGCGGGACGUGGGACGAAGCCCUAGAACCACUCACGCGCAAGGCCGUCAGCAGACGGCGGCGCAAGAAACCCUCGCCGGUGGAAGUCAUGGACGUGCCCAUCAUGCUUAGUCCGAUUGGUAUGGAUGCGCGCCAGUUCCAGAAAGUGCUGAUGCAAGAAACGAAGAGGAAAGAUCGCUCGAGGCAGUUUCGGGCGUAUACCAACUUUCAGCGGGCGACCUCAAAGACUCGUGGGCUGCUGUCAUGCGGGCCCGAUCAUAUGAGGCGGUUUCUUCGAUCUUCGAUGUUUAGUUGGCGAUGA